GACCGUCAGUCAGCUUCAAGUCCCGCCCCGGGCGCUCCGGCCACGCCCUUCAGACCGUCACGUGACGCGCCAAGAUGGCGGCGCCGAAGCCGCAGCCUGGGUCUGAGUCGAGGGCUGCUGGUGCGGUGCUGAGGGGAGAUGGAGAAGCGCCGCAGGAUAUCAAGAUGGCACUGUAUACACAUGGUCGGCUGAUUCCUUCUCUAGGAGAUGUAAAACUCGCAAGACCAAGGUUUAUCGAAAUCAUGAGGAAGUUUGAUUACGAGAAACAGCCUUAUAUUGUUGGAACUUUCUUCUUUGGGACUACUAGUGCAGUGUCUGGACUACUGGCAAACAUCAUUUUCAGAGACAGUUUCAAGGUUAAGCAUGAAGCCCUGAAGACCUAUGUAUCCUUGACUACCAUUCCGUUUGUGUCUACCAUCGUGACCUUCAAGCUCUUUGUAACUCAUGCUUUGGAGUCAGGUGACAUAAGCCGGGAAAACUGUGUUUGGAGAAGUGUCCUGAUUGGUGUGAUAUGUGGUGUCAUAUAUCCCACUGCUCUGGCCUUUAAUACAAAUGGACAUUUGGCAGUUAAGUAAGUCUGUCCAUGCUUCUCUUUUUACUUUAUUCUUGCCCCCCCGCCAUGUGGUGUGUGUGUGUGCAUGCAUGUGUGUACGCAUAAGACAACCCCAGAUAUUAUUUCUCAAAAGCUGUCCACUUGAUUGUAUGUUUUUGACCCAGGAUCUCACUGUGCAGCCAUGAAUAGCCUGGAGCGCUCUAUGUCUACCAGGCCGGCCUUGAACUCAGCUGCCUGCCUUUGCAGGUGCGGGGACUGAACACAUGCCAUUAUGCCUGUUCACCUUACAUUUUUGAAAUAGGGACUGUCAUUGGUCCAGAGCAGUGGAUCCCAACCCUUUUGGUAGUCAAACAACCCUUUCACAGUUAUUGCCUAAGCUCAUCAGAAAACACAGAUAUUUAUAGUACUAGUCAUAACAGCAACAAAAUUAUACUUACAAAUUAGCAACAAAAAUAAUCUUUUGGUGGGGGUGUCACCAGAAUGUGAGGAACUGUAUUAAAGGGAUCAUAGCACUCAGAGGGUUGAGAUCCACUGAGCUAGAGCUUGCUGUUGGGCUGACCAGACAGUGAGCCCAGGGACCUUUCUGCCUCUACCUCCCCAGCACUGGGGUAGAAGCACAUGGCCAAAACAUCUGGCUUUCUGUUUUUCUGUAACCCAGAUGAUUCUGGGGAGCAAACUUUAAUUCUCGUGGUUGCAAGCAUUUUAUUGAUCCAGCAAUCCAGUCCUUUUUCUUCUA